AUGAAGAAUCAGCUAGAGAACGAUUUUAUUUCAAAAUUUGACUUAUUAAACUCGCAGGAGAACUCCGAAGAAAUAAUUUGGAGUAGCGACUCUAGCGAUUGUGAAGUUAAUUCAAAAAUCGGAAAUAUAAAACCAGACAGAGUUAUAAGUUAUAAUAAUAAAAGAAAACGUGUAAGUAAUAAAAGAAAAGUUCCUAAAAACUUUUCUAAUCUUGACAUAACCUUUAGUGACGGUAAUGAGUUAGAAAGAAACAAUAAAAAUAUUGUCAAUAAAUCGUCAAAUUAUUUAAAAAAUAAAUCACCAAAAAUCGAUUUAUCGCCAGUUUUGACGAGCUCCCAACGACAUUUUGUACCAUAUAAAUCGAAGAAUAUUGAUAGAUCACCAAUUAUAUUAAAUAGAAGCAGAAGUAGCAAUUUAAAAGAAAACAAGUCAGCCAGCCCUAUCCUUCAAUUCAAACAUAUUUCUCCCAUAAAUUCACCAAAAGUGAGGAAAAAGUUGUUUAAUAUGAAUUGUAACAAUGUAACAGAGCAUACAAUAAACAAAACAUACAGGAGCAAAUCACCUGUCUUAACAUGUACUCAAACAAUAUCUCCGAAGUCCAUAUCUUCUAAUACAAAUUCAAGUUAUAGUAGAACAUUGGAAAAAGAAAUAAAACACGUCCAAAAUAAUAUGUCAAGUAGCAAAUUAAUAAAAGAUGCGCCAAAGCCAAGUAAAUGUCUCGACAACUUUAAUAUAUCAGAUGAAAUAAAUAAAGAAGAUGUUCUAACAAUAAAAACAAGUUUUCCAUUAAUAGAAAAAGUAAAAUCAUAUUUUGAGAGCCAUUUUAGUUCACAUACAACAUCCCAGAGUGUCUCGAUAAGUGAAUGUGAGACUGAAAAAAAUAGUUCAAAAAGUAAUGAUGAUAUAGAAAUUAUUAAUUCUCUGCCUGAGAAGGCUGUAUCGAAUGUUAUUAAUUUAGAAAAUAAAACUUCAUCAGAUAGUUGGCGAAGUUUUGAAGAAAAUAUGCAAAGGACAAAGAAAGUGAAGUAUAAAAAGGAUGGUUUGUCGUACCGACUUAGCGCACUUGUGAAAAAGCAGAAUGCUAGCACUUCUCUGUGGCUUCAUGAGAGAUAUUUGGCUGCAAAUUCAAAUUUUGUGUUGCCGACAGAAGAAUUUGUAGUGUUUAGAAUUCAAAACAUAGUUUUUAAAUUUGGUACCUUUUUAAUUAAAGUUUUAAAUAACAAAGAUGAAAAAUAUUUGGUUUUAUUAAAUAUUAUGCAAGUACACAAUAAUAAUAUGGAAAGAGAUGCAAUUUUAAAACACAACACCAUGGAACUGCUUCUAAGCAAAACCGUCUUUUUAUCGACAGUAGUGUUCUUGUCUUGGAUAUCUGUUGCUCAAAGCAUCGACUGCUUCAAAUGUGUGUCGAUGAAUGGUCGAUUCCCCCCCUGUGACGACCCCUUCCACAACAACCACUCGCUGAACAUGCUGGAGUCCCCUUGCAUGGGGGGUAGAAAGGGGAGAGAUGGCUUGUUUCCAGCCACUUCAUGUAUUAAGAUAGCUGGUGUUUUUGAUGACACAGGUGAAAGUAUAACAGUGAGGGGUUGUGGACUGGACUCGGGCACCGCCACGACCGACACGGAGAUCAUUCGUAUGUCGCAUUGUGGACGAUUUUAUUAUAACGAUAGAUACGUCCACGGCUGUCUUCAAAGCUGCAACGACGCAGACGCUUGCAACUCUUCCAUCACACCGGUCUUGGACCCACUGAUUGUGCUUGUCAUAGCUUCGCUUGUAUACGUCAGAAGAAGC